AUCACACUCGGCAGUGACAAACGCUCAUGGCCAUGCUGCCCAACGGAUAGCCGCGGAGCUGCCAGAUGGUGCCUCUCGCGAUGGGGCCACGAUGCCAAAUCCGGUUACUCCAUAGAUAGCGAUCCGGGGUGCUGAGAACCAUAAAUCACAGCCUCACAACGUGGGAGAGUCCUGUCCUCGGUAGUCUCUAUCCUAUCUGUCUCUAUCAAACACUCCUUCUUCUGAGAUACCACCCUACAGUACAGCCCAACCCAGUCUAGCACCAAUGGCCAACCGCGGGCGGACGUAUGACCCUCAGGUCUGCUCUCUCGACGACCUCAAUCGGCUUGGAUCCGCUAAGCUGCCCAAGGGCAUCCGCGAGUAUUACAAUGAGGGAGCAAUGGAUCUGAUUAGUCUUCGGGACAAUGAGUUGGCAUACGAUCGCUAUCGUAUCCGGCCACGGGUGUUGAAGAAUGUCUCCAACCUCGACCCCAGCACUUCCUUCCUCGGUGUCAAGGUCAAGUUCCCCUUUGGCUUCUCUCCCACUGCCAUGCAAGCCAUGGCCCACCCCGACGGAGAGGUGGCCACCUCUCGAGCCGCUGCUGCUGCUGGCGUGCCCAUGGGACUCUCCUGCUACUCCACCAUCGCGCUCGAGGAGGUGAUAGCCCAGUCGACUGGAAACCCAUACGGCAUGCAGCUCAGUCUGCUCAAGAACAAAGACGCCAUGAUCACCAUGGUUAAGCGAGCUGAGGCUGCUGGAUUCAAAGCAAUGUUCUUGACCCUCGAUGGACCCCGCUUGGGGCGACGGUUGAAUGAGUACCGUAACUCAUUUGGAGUUCCCAAGGGAAUGGAGUACCCCAACUUGUUUCCCGGAGUCGACGUCUCUAACCUCGAGGAUUGUGGCGACAUGAUGGCAUAUGACGACGCGAUUGAAUGGGGCGAGAUGGUUUCGUUCUUCAGGAAACACACCAAGAUGCAGCUUUGGGGCAAAGGAAUCUACACCACCGAGGACGUUGAACUCGCCAUCAAGCAUGGCCUGGACGGCAUCAUCAUUUCCAACCACGGCGGUCGCCAACUAGACACCGUUCCCGCGACCCUCGACACCCUGCGCGAUUGCGCACCAGUUGCAAAGGGCCGCAUUCCCAUCGCCGUUGACGGUGGUAUCCGUCGAGGUACUGACAUCUUUAAGGCGCUUGCCUUGGGAGCAGACUUUUGUCUUGCUGGACGUCCUUCUCUGUGGGGAUUGGCUUAUGAUGGCGAGAGGGGCGUGAAGCUUGCCCUCGACAUUUUGUACGACGAGUUCAUUACGUGCAUGGCGCUUGCCGGCACUCGCACUGUUUCCGAUAUUACCAAGGCGCACCUUUCUCUUUUGCAGCCCAAUGGCGUUCUUGCUAAGUUGUAGUGUAAAAUAUGUUUAGAUAAGUGGUAUAGAAUGGUCAAUACAUAAAAGAAACAUCUUGAAUGAUGGGGGUUAACCUUA